AUGACGCAAGGUGAAAUUCAAAGAGUAAUACAAAAAUAUCGAUUGAAUGCCUUAAAUAAGAGCAGUUCUGCUUCUGGGGCUUCCGCAUUAACUGCAAUUCAAUCACCUGCCCUUUCUUGGGAUUCAUCUCCUGCAACUACUCCUGCAUACAGCACUAAUUACCCGGUCAUGAACGGGGACAAAUGA